UAUGCAGGUGAUAGCCUCGCUAUCUUGAGGGCUGAUCUAAAAGGCCAAAGAAAGCACGUGAGGAAUUUAAAGAAAAAGUCACUUUGGUCCAGAAGUUUGGAAGAGGUCAUGGAGAAACUUGUGGAUAUUGUUCAUUACUUGAUCUUGGAGAUCCACUAUGCCUUUGGUAGUAAUGAGUAUCAAAUAUCAGCCGAAGGAUCUGUGAGCACUCGUCAAAGAUUGGGACCUGCAGGCCUUGCUUUGCACUAUGCAAAUAUAAUUAUGCAAAUCGAUACUCUUGUAGCCCGAUCAAGUUCUAUUCCUGCAAAUACAAGGGAUACGUUAUACCAGAAUUUGCCACCCUCCAUAAAAUCAGCUCUACGCCCAAAAUUACAAUCUUUUCAUGUCAAAGAAGAGCUUACUGUUAAAGAAGUCAAAGAAGAGAUGGAGAAGACGUUGCAUUGGCUUGUUGCACUAGCCACUAACACCGCCAAAACCCAUCAUGGUUUUGAUUGGGUUGGGGAAUGGGCAAACACAGGUUCUGAGCUCAACAAGAAGCCUUCAGCUGGGCCAGCUGAUGUGAUCCGGAUCGAGACACUCCACCAUGCUGAUAAAGAGAAAACAGAAACCUACGUUCUUGAACAACUAUUAUGGCUCCACUAUUUAGUCAAUAAAUCAAAAUCAAGUGUCGCUCUUGGCUCGAAGACAUCUAUCAAAACCCAAAUUACACCGCACAGACGAAUGAGCAGCCCAAACCUGAGCCUACGACUGCUCAAACGCCAGAAGAAGAGAAGUUGCAGGAUUUAACUAAGAAAGUAAGAAUCCGGGGGACUAGCAGAAGCCUGGAUUUUGACUGUGAGUGGAGGAAAUUGAGAAAGCAUGAUCGCCUGAGCAAGAGCACGCACUCUCCUCCAAGAGAAAGCAAUGAAAAGGCCUUGACGAAAAGGCUUCCUUCGGGGGUUCCAAUUGUUGGUUUUGGCGUGUACAAAGAGAAAGCAUUGGAUGCUAUCGACAGAGUUGACAGUCUCAGAUAAUCUGUAAGAUGACGAGAGUGCAGGAGAGAAUACUGAUAACACGAGUAAUGAGGAGGCAUUGGCAUAUAAAUAAUUUUGUUUCUGCAGUUACUAGCAAAAAAGGAGUGUUCAGAUCGUGCCGCACUCGGGAUAGCAUUCUAGACUUUUUGGCGAACCCUUCAAUCUCUAACAUUUCCUGAAGCUAAUCCCGGUCCUUUUACUCAGGCUUCUAUUGUAAAAGAGUCUGUAUGAUGCCAUGUUU